AUGGCAGAUGUCAUAGCCUGUUCCGUUGUUGGGAAGCUUGCAGAGUACACAGUCUAUCCCGUUUUGCGCCAAGUCAAGUACUUGUUCUUCUACAACUGUAACAUUCAGAAUUUGAGGAAAAAUGUUCAAGAACUUGAAAAUAAGAGCAAUGACGUGAAACCACGGGUUGAUGCUGCCGAAAGAACAACUGAAAUCAUCGGGGAAGAAGUUUUGGCAUGGUUACGAAAGGUCGACGACUUAAAGGAACGAGCCGAUGGAGUUUUGAACGGAGUAGCAAGUUCUGAAAUGGGGUGCCUAUUCAAUAGAUGCCCAAAUUUGAAGUCUCGUUACAUAUUAAGCAGGAGAGCCACAAAAUUGACUAUUGAGGCUGAUAAUCUCAAAGUGGAAGGUACAUUUGAGAGGGUGAGCUAUCCUCGACCGCCGAUGCAAGUGUUGAACCUAACUUCCCAUAAGGUUUUCGAAACAAGGUUAUCAACUAAGAAGAAAAUCAAGGAAGCUCUAAAGGACAAAGAUAUCAGCAUAAUUGGGAUCCGUGGCAUGCCUGGAGUUGGCAAGACAACAAUGGCAGAGGAAAUAGUCAAUGAAGUCAAAGAUGAGAAAUUAUUUGAGGAGGUUGCAUUUGCAGUUGUAUCUAACGAUCCAGACAUAAACAAAAUUCAGGACCAACUUGCGGAAACGCUUGGUCUAAAAAUUGAAGAAAAGACAAAAGAAGUGAGAGCCGGACGACUUCAUCAAAGACUUGAAGUCAAAGAUGGUAAAAGCAUUCUUGUAGUAUUAGACGAUGUGUGGGAAUAUAUUGAUUUGGGAACUAUAGGAAUUCCAUCUCCAUACGAUCACAAAGGGUUGAAAAUUAUGUUUACAACGCGAAUUGGAGAAAUGUGUAGUGAAAUGGAAGCCCAAAGGAAAUUCGAAAUCGAAGUUUUGGAUAAAGAGGAAGGAUGGCAACUUUUCAAGGAUAAGGCAGGGAUUUCUGAUGAUGAAAUUGAUGUCGAACUCGUAAGAGUAGCCAGAGAAGUUGCUGAUGAAUGUGGAUGUCUACCUCUUGCGCUUGUGGUUGUUGGGAAAGCACUGAAAAACAAGGACAUACAUAAAUUGAGAGAUGUACUUCAACAGCUGCAGAAGUCUAAUGUGACCAAUCUUGAAGGGCACAAAUCCAUGUACUCAAGAAUAGAAUUGAGCUACGAACAGUUGGAAAGUGAUGAAGACCGGGACUUGCUUAUGCUCUGUUCUCUAUUCGCUCAAGAUGAAAGCAUUCCAAUUGAAAAUUUGGUUACAUAUGCAAGGGGGCUAGAGUUGUUUCGAAAUACUGACACACUGAAGGAAACUAGAGAUCGAGCAUAUUCAAUUGUCCUUAAUCUAAAAAGCUGUUAUUUAUUGCAACAGGGUGAGGAGGAAGACGAGGUGAAAUUGCAUGAUGUUAUCAGAGAUUUUUGCUUACGGAAGGCACGUGAAGACAAACGUGGAUAUCUGGUGAAACAUGCUGGUUUGAUAGAGUGGCCAGAAGAUGAUGCUCAUGAAUCGUCACUUGAUUUGAGGUUUCACGAGUUAUACCGUUCUCUUCGACCUGGUGUUUUGUCUGGUCUGAAGAAUCUGGAAGAGCUGUGCUUGGGACAUAUCGUUCUAGAAGAAGUUGAAGACCAAAGGUGCAUAAUUGAAGAGUUAAGUUCAUUGACUUCUCUUCAUACUUUCCAAAUUUCUGCACCUGAUCCGAUUCUGAUGCAAAUAUUAAAAGCACGGUGCCUCAAGAAUCUGGAUAAAUUUGAAAUCCUUGGAACCACAACACCACCACCACCACCCGGUACUGACGAUCAAUAUUUCACAAGGAGCUUGAGUCUCAAAGACGGUAUUGAGGCAAGUAUGCGUUUGCUACCCGUAUUUAACUCGUUGAUGAAGAGGACUUACCAUCUUCAUAUUAAAGGAGCCAAGGUACUGAAGAAUGUUGUGAGUGAGUUAGAUGGAGAUGGUUUCAUUAACUUGAAGACACUGAUUCUAUCAAGUGGUGAUUUCAAAUUUAAGAGCAUCACAUCUCAAUCAAAUAGCGAUGUUGUUCCUCAAACAUGCUUCAACCAGGUCAACUUUCCCAACAUGGAGUCGUUGGAUGUUGAAGGGUUGAAUUGUAUAGUAAAGCUACUAGGCAAGGAAAUGCCAAUAACAUCUUUGCAUAAACUAAAAUACAUGAGCGUGUCGAGUUGUGAUAAAUUGCUGACCAUUGCAGAAUUUGAUUCAAUUCAGUUACUGCAAAAUCUUGGUUAUCUUAGUGUGUGUGCAUGUGAUGCACUUGAAGUACUGUUUGACUUUGGAGAUGAUGCAGAAAUUAAUAUGCUUGGUCAAUUAACAUCAUUGUCGCUGAACUCAGUACCAAAAUUGGAGCACAUUAUAAAGAUGGCUCCAAAAGGAAUUCCUGUCUUCCAAAAUUUGACAUAUCUUAAUGUUAGAAAUUGUGAGAGCUUAAGAUACUUAUUUUCACUUGUGGCACUAGAAGUUUUAUCAAUUAGAAGUUGCAAAGCAUUGGAAGAAAUCAUUGGAAGAGAAGAAGAUGAAAAAGAGGAAAACACUUCAGAGAAAAGAAACAUUGUCAUUGAUGCAAACACUCCAUCAAACCUCCAUCACUUCACACAAGUUGUUUCAAUGGAUGCAGAACAAAAUGAAGUUAUCGAUAUGCCUGAGUUCCCAAAACUAGACACAAUUGAGCUUCGCGAUUUAAGCAGUUUUAAGAAAUUCAGAUCUGAAACAAACAAUGAUGGCAUUCAUCAGGUUACGAGUAAAUCAUUACAAAAUCUUGAAAUACUUAGAGUAGAAAAAUGUAAAGCACUGGAAGUGCUGUUUGACUUUGAAUGUCCAACGAUUCCAGAAGAUCAUGCUGAAAGUGUAUUUGGUCGACUGAGUGUGCUAAAGCUAAAAUCUCUGGAUAAUUUAGUGCACAUUAUAGGGACCGUUCCUAAAGGAGUUCGUGUGUUCGAGAAUUUGACAUCAAUUGUUGUUAAAAGAUGUGGUAUCUUAAAGUAUCUAUUCUCACCUUCAAUGGCCAAUUCUCUUGUGGCUCUGAACGUUCUAGAGGUUUCAAAAUGUGGAUCAAUUGAAGAGAUUAUUGGAAAAGAAGAAGAAGGCACUUCAGAGAUUAAAAUAGUUGAAGGAAUGAAAAACACAAUUGUGUUCCCUAAUUUAAACUGUCUGCUACUCAAGAAUCUUUCAAUGCACCAAAGCUUAAUAUUUCCAAUUUGUUGGGGUAAGGCAGGCGGCUUGGCAGAGGAGGAUCAAGUUUGUAACAAAUAA